AUGUUGUUCUCUACUCUCUUCCACACUAAACUCAGCCGAUGCUUCUCUUCUUCUUCUUCGUCGUCUUCUUCUUCUUAUCGUAACAGUCUUCCAGAACUCCCACCUAUUCAAACUUUACUCAAAAGCGGCUUCACUCCCACACUCAAAUCCAUCAUCCAAUUCCUUCUCUUCCUUUCUCAAACCCGCAGGUUCAACACAGUCAUCCAUUUCUUCUCUCAAAUGGACUCCAACCGAAUCAAAGGCAACUCCCAGACUCGCUCAAUUCUCACAUGGGCUCUCCUAAAAUUGCACAAAUAUGAAGAGGCGGAGCAUUUCAUGACGACCCAGAUGGCUGAAACUUCAAAAUUUCAGAGUAAUCGCAUUUGGGACUCUCUAAUUCAAGGCCUAUGUAUAAACCGGAAAGACCCGGAGAAAGCUUUAUUGGUAUUACGGGAUUGCUUGAUCAACUACGGUAUUUUCCCUUCUUCUUUCACUUUUUUCUCAUUAAUUAAUAGAUUUAGCUAUCAAGGGGAUAUGAGCAAGGCAAUUGAGGUCCUGGAGUUGAUGACUGAUGAUAAAGUUAGGUACCCCUUUGAUAAUUUUGUUUGUAGUUCAGUAAUUUCUGGGUUUUGUAAGAUUGGGAAGCCAGAAAUUGCGGUUAAAUUUUUCGAGAAUGCUGUAAAUUUGGGAGCUUUACAGUCUAAUAUUGUGACUUAUACAGCACUUGUGGGUGCUCUUUGUAAAUUGGGAAGAGUUAAUGAAGUUUGUGAUUUGGUUUGUAGGAUAGAGAAGGAAGAAUUGGCAUUUGAUGUUGUUUUCUAUAGUAGUUGGAUUUGUGGUUAUAUUUCAGAAGGUGCUCUAAUGGAGGUAUUUCAGAAGAAUAGACAGAUGGUGGAUAAAGGCAUAAGAUCAGAUACAAUUAGCUAUACUAUAAUGAUAGAUGGGUUUUCCAAGCUAGGAGAUGUAGAAAAGGCACUUGGUUUUCUGAUAAAGAUGAGGAAAGGUGGAUUAGAACCCAAUUUGAUUACAUAUACUGCCAUCAUGUUGGGAUUUUGCAAGAAAGGAAAAUUGGAGGAGGCAUUUGCUAUUUUCAAGAUGGUUGAAGAUUUGGGAAUUGAAGUUGAUGAAUUUAUGUAUGCAACUUUAAUUAAUGGGUCUUGCAUGAGAGGGGAUCUUGAUGGUGUUUUUCAUCUCCUACAUAACAUGGAAAAGAGGGGGAUUAAUCCGAGCAUUGUCACAUACAAUACUGUAAUUAAUGGAUUAUGCAAAUUCGGGAGGACAUCGGAGGCUGAUAAGAUCUCAAAGGGAAUUCUUGGAGAUACAAUUACAUAUAGUACAUUGCUACAUGGCUAUAUUGAGGAAGAAAAUAUCACAGGGAUUAUGGAAACAAAGAGGAGAUUGGAGGAAGCUGGAGUCUGCAUGGAUGUUGUUAUGUGUAACAUAGUUAUUAAAUCACUGUUCAUGGUGGGGGCAUUUGAGGAUGCUUAUAUGCUGUACAAGGGAAUGCCAGAAAAGGAGUUGGUUGCAGAUUCCAUUACAUAUUGUACAAUGAUUGAUGGGUACUGUAAAGUAGGUAGAAUGGAUGAGGCACUGGAGAUAUUUGACGAGUUCAGAAGGACACCAGUUUCCUCAGUUGCAUGUUACAAUUGUAUUAUCAGUUGGCUCUGUAAGCAGGGAAUGGUAGAUAUGGCCACGGAGGUAUUUAUUGAACUCAAUGGGAAAGAUUUAGGUUUGGAUUUAGGUAUCUACAAAAUUCUAUUGAAGGCAAUUCUUGAAGAAAAAAGUGCAGCUGGAGUUUUAUGUUUGGUUCAAAGAACAGAGAAUUUGAGGACAGAAGUGUAUGAUGUUAUAAGCAAUGAUGCUAUCAGUUUCUUGUGCAAGAGAGGUUUUCCUGAGUCUGCAUGUGAAGUGUUUUUGGCGAUGAGGAGGAAAGGGUCAGUUGCCACAAGCAAAACUUACUAUUCAAUUUUAAAAGGUCUAAUUAGUGAUGGGAAAGAGUGGCUAACUCAGUCUCUUUUUAACAUCUUUGUGAAAGAAUAUGGCCUAGUUGAACCUAAGGUAAGUAAGAUUCUAGCUUACUACAUAUGUCUGAAGGGUGUCGAUGAUGCUCUCCGAUUUCUAAACAAAAUGAAGGACAAGCCUGCAACAGCCACUUUGCCUGUUUCUCUUUUUAAGACACUUAUAAAGAAUGGUAGAGUUUUGGAUGCAUAUAAACUUGUCUUGGUGGCUGAAGAUGGCUUACCUGUUCUGGAUGCGCUUGACUAUUCGCUUAUGGUUGAUGGCCUUUGUAAAGUAGGAUAUAUCAGUGAGGCAUUAGAACUAUGUUGUUUUGCUAAAAAUAAAGGGGUUACCCUUAAUAUCAUCUGCUAUAAUUCAGUUUUAAACGGAUUGUGCCGCCAAGGCCACCUUGUAGAAGCGUUUCGGCUAUUUGAUUCGUUGGAGAAAAUUAAUUUGGUUCCCUCAGAAAUCACAUAUGCUACAUUGAUUGAUGCUUUACGUAGAGAGGGCUUUCUUCUGGAUGCCAAGCAGUUAUUUGAGAGGAUGGUCCUCAAAGGCUUGAAACCAAAUACACAUAUAUAUAACUCAAUUAUUGAUGGUUAUUGCAAAACUGGACAUAUGGAGGAUGCGUUGAAGCUUCUUUAUGAAUUUGACUUAAAAACCCUCAGGCCUGAUGAAUUCACUGUUAGUAUUAUAAUCAAUGGGUUUUGUCUAAAGGGUGAUAUGGAAGGUGCUCUUGAAUUCUUUAUUGAGCUCAAGAGUAAAGGUACAUCGCCUGAUUUUUUGGGUUUCUUAUAUUUGAUAAGAGGUUUAUGUGCCAAGGGAAGGAUGGAAGAAGCCAGAACCAUCUUGAGGGAAAUGCUUCAGUCACAAUCUGUUGUGGAGCUAAUAAAUAGAGUUGAUGUGGAGGUUGAAACAGACUCAUUGGAAGGUUUGCUCGUUUCAUUAUGUGAGCAAGGCAGUGUCCAAGAAUCACUUACUCUCCUCAACGAAAUUGGGUCCAUAUUUUUUCCUGUUCGGAGUUCACCUAAUGCCUGCAAUCAAUCUCAUAAACUACACAAUCCUUAUGACAGGGAGGCUUAUGGUACAGUUGCUUCAACGUCUGUAACCUCUACCGAUGCGGAUAUGGAUAUCCAAUUUUCUGGGCCAAUUAGUAGAACUCAGAAUGCUGGCCACCUAAGUGAUGUAGGUGCUUUCUUCCCUGUCACUGAGGGACCAGGCAAGGCAUCAUGCAUGCAGAUGCAGACAGUUUUCAUAAGCCUGCUGCACAGUGUGGCUUCCAACCAUGAUAUCGCUGCUGUUGAAGGAUAUAUUGGAAAAACUGGAUGGAUGUUUGUGCCUCAGUAUUGUCAGACUGGACAUAAUUUUGGGGCUUUUGCAAGUAAAAUGCAUUCCCGAAAGAAGAAGAAAAAAAGUGUUGUGUGGAUGACAUCUUGA